GUCAUGGCAGCCUCAAGAACCCUCAGAAUAGGCCUCAUCCCCGGCGAUGGCAUUGGUAGAGAGGUCAUUCCGGCCGGCCGUCGAAUCCUCGAAGCGCUUCCGGCUUCUCUAGGGCUAAAAUUCUCCUUUGUCGACUUGGAUGCCGGCUUCGAGACUUUCAAACGGACGAAAACCGCCCUACCAGACAAGACCGUGGACACCUUGAAGAAGGAAUGUGAUGGCGCCCUCUUUGGUGCCGUUAGCUCCCCGACUACCAAGGUUGCUGGAUAUUCCUCGCCCAUUGUUGCCCUCCGCAAGCGCCUGGAUCUCUAUGCCAACGUCCGGCCUGUGAAGACCACCCCUGGUGCAAACGUUCCUGCUCCAAUUGACCUUGUCAUCGUCCGUGAAAAUACCGAAGACCUCUACGUUAAAGACGAGAAGUCCUACGACACCCCUGAAGGCAAGGUGGCCGAGGCAAUCAAGAGAAUAUCUGAGCGUGCUUCAUCCCGCAUUGCAACAAUUGCGGGAGAGAUCGCCCUCCGUCGCCAGAAGAUUCGUGAGACGGGACAGGCGGCCCCUCGAUCAGGCCCCAUGGUCACAAUUACCCACAAGAGUAACGUCUUGAGUCAGACCGACGGAUUGUUCCGCGAAACCGCCCGCAAGGCAUUGGCCGCGGAGAAAUUCUCCAGCGUCGAGAUCGAAGAGCAGAUCGUCGACUCCAUGGUCUACAAGCUCUUCCGCCAACCAUCUUACUAUGACGUGAUCGUCGCCCCCAACCUGUACGGAGACAUCCUCUCUGACGGAGCCGCUGCAUUGGUUGGCAGCUUGGGCUUGGUUCCGAGCGCAAAUGUCGGCGAUGGAUUUGCUAUUGGCGAACCAUGCCACGGCAGCGCUCCCGAUAUCGAAGGCAAGGGAAUCGCCAACCCCAUCGCUACCCUCCGCAGUGCAGGUCUUAUGCUUGAGUUCUUGGGCGAGGAAGAGGCCGCUGCAAAGAUCUACGCUGCUGUCGACGCAAACCUGGAUGAGGGCAAAUUCUUGUCUCCCGACCUCGGAGGCAAGGCUACAACCGAGGAAGUCCUCCAGGACGUUCUCAGACGCCUUUAGAUAAGUGCGAAUCGCUGAAAAGGGAGA